UGAGCUGUUUUUUUUUUUUUUUUUUGACUGCCUGUUCAUCGUAGCUCCUACGACAUUUCUUAGUCUGCGAAAUUAGGGUUCAAGGAAGGAGAAAACUUUUUACCGACCGAGUGAGAGGACGCAAACCGAACUUCAAAAAAAAUAAAAAUAAUAAGAGGCAUUGUUUCCUCUUUAUUUUUAAACUCGUGUAUUUAGCCUACGUUUCAAAGGAGAGGAAAUGCAGCGUUUGUCACCGUUUCGGUACUAUGUUGAACCCGUCGUUCUUUGUGCCCAACUUGCCAGUUCGUUCUAUGAUACUGGUUUACAGAUGGUAGUGUACGAGCGAUGCGCCAAUGCGACCAACACCAUCAAUCACACCGCCACUGAUGAGGAAAAACAGAAAGCCAUUUCCAACUUUUACAUGACUUACACUAUAUUGUCGAGCCUUCUCCCAUUCAUACCCGCUUAUUUUCUGGCGAGACGUGGGGAUAAUGGGUACAGGAGGGUACCCAUCGCUGUGCCUUUGGUGGGUUACCUGAUUUCAAGAACUCUGCUCCUGCUGGUUAUCCUGCUGGAGUUACCCAUCGAAGUGAUGUUUGGGGGAGCGGUGAUUUAUGGACUGUGUGGGGGAUUUGCCUCGUAUUGGGCAGGUGUCAUGGCUCUUGUGUCCGUAUCUUCAAGCGAGGGACGUAGAUCACUACAUUUGAGCAGGACAGAAUUGAUAUACGGAUUGGCGGGGUUUUUCGGUAGCAUAGCGUCUGGCCACCUUUUCCAGUUGUAUGUGGUUGAAAACAAACAAGGGGUAGUGCUUGUGGUUCUGAGUGUAUUGCUGUAUCUUUUCUGCUUUUUAUACGUUGUUUUUGUGCUUAAAACGAGUCACGAUGAUCGAAAUUCAAGGAGCAGCCAAGAUGGGCAAGAUGGGCAAGAAAUUGGAAUACUGAAUCAUCGUUACCGUGAUAUUGUUAAUGUCGUCCUCCUGUUCGCCAGUGCCAUUCUGUAUGAUAUUGCUGUUGCGGGUGCUAUGGAGAUUUUGAUGUCUUUUGUAAGGAAAGAACCCUUAAACUGGAAUGCUGUAUACGUGGGAUAUGGCAACGCAGCAGGCUUCGCAAUCUUCUUCACGAGUUUCCUCGGGGUCUUUGUUUUCUCCAAAUGCGCAAGCGAUACCACCUUGAUCAUAAUUGGAAUGCUGUCCUUCGCUGCCGGAAUUUAUUUUAUGGCCUUCGUGACAGCAACAUACAUGUUCUAUCUAGCUCGAACUUUGACUCUGUUUGCACUAAUCCCGAUGCCAAUCAUUCGCUCUCUGUUGUCCAAACAAGUCCAGGGCUCUUCGUGUGGGAAAAUUCUCACAAUGCUGCAGCUCUCCUUUUCCCUGGCCAGCCUGGCCUAUUCCCCAAUCUUCACUAAGAUUUACCAGGCUACGCUCGAGUGGUUCCCUGGAUUCACCUUCCUCUUCUCCAGCAUACUCACAGUCCUCGCCAUCAUACCCACAAGCAUUGUGGGCUGCAGGACCGCCAGACAGGAGGGUUAUGAGAGGAUACAGGGUAACUGAUGGAUGAGAACGUCGGCCACUAUAGUUCACCUGCUCCACCUCUUUUAAGGGCCAGAAACAUCAGGGAGGACAGCCUGACGGAAGGAAUACAUUACAUUACAAAUCCAGAGCAACUUACACAACUUUUUUUUUUUAACGUUGCAUCCAUUUAUACAGUCAGAUAUAUAUACUGAAGCAAUGCAGGUUAAGGACCUCAAGGGCACAACGUCAUUGUCCUACUCAGUCGUUUCCUCCUGGACUUUUAUCCAGUCCUCAUGGUAAUCAAAACUACUGGCCUCAGAUUUAAUGCAAAUGCAAAAACAUUUUACAGCAACUAAAUAAAUGACAGGAGUUACAUCAGUCAUUAGAAUGGGGAUAUUUUUGAAUCCUGAAAGACAAGGGUGUGAUUAUACUGGAUUCUCUGGAAACAAAAAAUAAUUAUGUUUUGAUGUUAGUUGCUGUAAAUGAACCUAAAGGCCUAAUUUGUAUAAUGUGGCAUUUUUAAUAUCAGAGUUAAAUUAUUUUAUUUAACUGACAUGUCUGAAGAGCAGCAUUUGCUUGGUAUGUAAAUUUAUUGAUGGCAAUUUGACACAGGCAAUUUUUUCAGAAUGUUGACAUAUAAGAAUUAUGCAAGGGAUUUAUACAAUGAUUGUUUAAUGUAUAUAUUGUACAUGUACUGUCCACUUUUAUGGACAUUUGAUAUUUCUUUAUUAUGAUAUUUUGUACUUUUAUAAAAAUGUUGAUAAAACAUGUUGUCAAUAGAUUGAGGUUGGAGGAUUGGACAGCUGACACAGGAAAAAUGUAUGAGUCAAACUACCGAGUCUCUUUUGCACAGUGAGGGGGUGUGUCCUUUUGAUGCACAUCAUGUAUUGGGUGGCAUCCUUUCCAAGAGGGAAUUCUUCAACUGGCCAAUUUACACUGUCCUUCAGACCAGUUUUUGUUUUGAUAGAGGAUUUGGAAACAGUUUGAAAUAGAUUUUAUUAGAUUAUUGGUGACCCAGAAUAGUCUAAAACAGGGGUUCUCAAACUCGGUCCUGGGUCCUUGUGUAUGUUGGUUUUCAUUCCAACCAGUCACAAUCCUAGAAUUUUUUUUUUUUUUUUCUUAAUUAGGUACUUUUCGCAUUUAGAGGGAUUAUUUACCCUCUGAAGCCACAUAGUGUCAGAAAUAGCUAUGCAUGUCAUAAAGAAUAAAAGUCCAAACUAGAGGUGAAUCAACAGGCUUCUAAUUUGUGUGUGUGGACACCUGACCACUACAAUUAACCAUCUGGAAGAUAACAAAGAAUUAAAAAACUAAGCAAAUGUUUAUUCAAACCUGCAUUGCAUUAUGUUUACGGGGGAAAAAAUAAUAAGAAUGAAUAAUAAAAAAACCUAAUUAGGAGCCUAUUGAUUCCCUCUUUUAAUGUAAUUGUACUAUCACAAUAUGCACAGUGUAGUACAAUAUCAGCACAGGAAUUUUAUUCUUUGUGGAAGCAAAGCUAUUUCAGACAUAACAUGGCUUAAGAGGGUAAAUAAUUCCUCUACAAAGGAAAAGCACCUAAUUAAGAAUUUGCAACAUUUUGUUAAAAUUAUUGGAUUGAGAUUGUGGCUGGAACGAAAAUCAGCAUACACAGGAGAGGCCCAGGACUGAGUUUGGGAAAACACUUGUCUAAAAUAUCAAUAACAAAAAAAGAUCUUUUGAAUAUUACAGUUACAAUGUAACAUUUCCUUCGGUCACAAACAACUGCACGUCUAUAUUUUUAAAAGUGCCCUUUUUAAUGAUUUCAAUAUACACUGCAAUUUGACUUGAAAAAAACAUGUAUCCUCGGUUAGUAUGAUAUUUCACACAAUGUGAACAAUAACAAGGAAUUAUAAAGAUGAAAAUAAGGCGAAGUGAAAAUUGCAGGCAACAGCGACAGCAGUUUUAUGUUCAAAUUUGUCAGGUCCAUCCGCUAUCAUUUCAGCCCAGAUCAGAACAAGCAUGUCCAAAAUAUACAGAAGUGUACUUCAGAUGAUGACAUAUGUCCAUCCAGUCUGCCCUUGCACUUUCAUUAAUCUAAGGAAGCAUACUAUUUUUGGCAGCAACUGUAGUAUCUUCACUUAAGGCUAGAUGGGCAAAAGGCAUCACCAUGGUAGUUAAUGAGUGCAGUUUUUUAAAAAUCCUUCACAACAUAAUAUCAUGAAUCGCUUGACUGCUGAUCUCAAUAAAAUAAAAAGGCAGACACUUGCAGAAAUUGUACAUUCAAAGUAAAAUGACAAAGUGGGAUGUUCAAUUUUAUAAGUAGACAAUACAUGUGCUAUGGACUGACAAGAGUGAACUGCGGUACAUUCAAAUGUUUUUUUAUUGGUCCAAUAUUUAAAAUCAGUUGAGGUAAAGAUAACUGCAUCAAAACAACAUUGAUGAACGGGCUAAUUUACACACUUGUAAUUUAAAACAUCAAAAUGUACAUGUUAUGAAUUCCGUAGUAAACAAUGCACAGUAGUGGAACAAAAGGAAAAGCAUGUAAUAAGCUAUUUGGCUUUUUAACAUUUUAAGUUUACAAAAAUAAGAAAGCCCCCUCUUGAACUUCUCCACCUGUUCACCCUCAGAAACCUGACCUAACUUGGAUUAAAUAAAACAUGUUUGUACAAGCUUGCAGGGUAAUGGACAUAUAUACAUUUUUCUAGACACAUAAGGCAGUCCUAACUGAUAGGAUGACUUUUUGAAAAAGCAGGAAUAUUAGAAGGAACUGUACACAAAGUCAGGGCGUAUUCAGUGGGUAGUUACAAAAGGUUAUUUACCUUCAACUGUAAUUAUGAUUUUUUAUUUUUUUUAUUUGAAUGUUUUGGCAAUUCAGGAAAUUUAGGGUGUCCAAUAAUUAAAUCUAAAUCUAUUAAGUAUUUAGGACUCUUCCAUGAGAAUGAUGAGCGUUUCUUAGAGCUUUGUAUUCAACUGGUAUGUCUGCAAGUGACCUGAAGUUCUGUAUCUAUAUGGCUAAUCUACGAGUAGAAUCAUUUAGAGAUAUGUUUCCAUCAAGUAGAUUUGAAAUCCAGCUCAAUCAAAGAGGUGUAAAUGUUCAAAUUUCAUCCAUGAAUAAAUUUCAUACUCAAUGAA